AUGGCAUCAACAGUGGUAGAGACAAAAGCUUCCCAAGCCACUCCCACCACUAUCAACCUCUCCGUUUUCCCUGAUGGAUUGAAGACAUCGGGACAACACCCACCCGUCUAUUCAAGAGUUCGACCAUACAGCGACUUUCCAAAGGUUCACGGCGGACCUACUCUAUGGAAGGCUGAGGACUAUCGUGAAAAUCCGGAGCUUUGGACCCAUCACUUCACCGAUGAGGAGAUUGAAGAACUUGGAGCUGUGACAGACAACUUCAUUGAAAAAGACUUGCCCUUGACUGGUAUCUCCAAGGCGAACUUCCCUCUCCCUAAGCUCUCAAGUCGGCUCGAAGCUUUGCGAAAGGACUUGAUUGAUGGGAAAGGCUUUUUCCUGUUUAAGGGAGUUCCUGUACGCAAAUGGGAUCUUCGUAAAUGCGCGACAGCCUACAUGGGUCUUGGAACCUAUUUGGGAUACUUCACAAGCCAGAAUGGCCGUGGACAUGUUCUAGGCCACGUCAAGGAUCUUGGAGAGGAUCCAACAAAGACCGAUAGGGUUCGAAUUUAUCGUACCAACGCUCGCCAAUAUUUCCACACAGACGGUUCUGACAUUGUGGGCCUUCUCUGCAUUGCCAAAUCUCUUUCCGGUGGAGAAUCAGACAUUGUUUCUACACACCACCUAUUCAAUGUGCUUCAGGAGAGACACCCUGACGUUGUUGAAACUCUGGUGACACCUAAUUGGUAUUUCGAUCGCAAGGGCGAGGUCUCAGAUGGCCAAGAGCCUUGGAUUCGUGGCAGCAUCUUUUACCUUGAGAACGAGCGCGCGGGUGACAACCCUCGCGUCUACGCCAGAUUCGACCCGAUGAAUGUCACUUCUCUGUCUCGCUUCAACUCUGGACCAGACGCUAAGAUCCCACCUCUCUCCGACAAGCAGAAGUAUGCUAUGGAAAUUUUCGAGAAGACCUGUGGUGAGCUUUCUCUACACAUGAUUCUCGACCCUGGUGAUAUCCAGUUCGUGAGCAACUCGCACGUGUUUCACGCGCGAACUGCCUAUACUGACCAUCCUGCCGGUGCGGUUGAUGAGAAUGGACUGCCCGCCCGGCGGCGACACCUGAUGCGACUUUGGCUCUCUGCGCCCGAGUCCGAAGGUGGUUGGAAACUUCCGUAUCAUGACACUCUUGAGAAGAAGCGCGGCGGUAUCCAGGUCAAUGACCAGCCCCCGGUUUGCCCUUUGGAUGCCGAGUAA